AGGAAAUACAGAAAGAGUUGUAUGAAGAAAAAAACAAAACACAUGUGUAUGAACGUCACAGCAAAUGGCUCACGUCAUAUCACCCGUAUGGGCGGAGUCCCACAUGCGAGAAAAAAGAAAAAUCUGUAAAUGCAGCUGGUGAAGGAGUUCGGAUGGAUCAAAACAACGCUGGUGUCGAACUGCGUCAGCUUUUCCAAGCUUGCGAUCGCCAUCAAAGAGGUUACAUCGAUCGCCAUGAAUUUGGACAACUUUGCGCUUCGUUUCAUAUUGAUCCGGCCGACGUGGACGUUAUUUUCGACGACCUAGAUCGAGAUCGUGAUCAACGGAUUAGUUUAGAUGAUUUCAGUCAAGGAUUUCGUGAUUUCCUCCAACCCGGAAGAGCGGAAGAACAGCGUGAUGACAAACCGAAUAAUUCAUCGCGUCGUCGGCUAAAGAAACAGGCGACAUUGAAAGCCUGGCGAGAGUUUUCCGACAGACUAGGCCACAGUACAAUCCGUCAAUUUCUGGCACAUAGCGCUGAUCAUCUGUACGGUCUUUAUGAAGAGUUGCAGGAGAGCGAAGCUCCUGCCCAGCUCAUCAGUCAUUUUGAGAGUUUGAUGGAAAGUCUCGUCUCGGAUGCUCGUCAAUUGGAGCGUGAACGAGAAAAAUUCGACCAGGCCAUUCGACGCGAACGGGAACAACAUCAACUUCACCUCAAGAAUUUGGAAGAAGAGCUUGAAAUUCAGGUGCAACGAGUGGCACAGGUGGUCAAAAAUGAAGCGGAAAUUAAAUGCGAGGCAGAAAAGCGGACGUUACAGCAAAGUCUGGAAUCGGAAAUUGCCCAGUUGCAAACGCACUUGCGUCUUUUUCAAAAAGUGGAAAAUUGGUUGAACCGGGAACAACAGGAGGCGCAGUCACGCGACCAGCAGGAGGCCGUCGAACGAGCAUCCAGUGAGAAUCGCCAGCUGAAACUUUCCCUCGUUGACGCCCAAACCACAUUGGCUCUACUUCAAACUGAAUUGUCGCAAUUGAAAUCUCAGUACUGUGAAAAAGAUAGGCUACUCUACAGCGAAAAGGAGGCCAUGCUUGACUUGGUCAGCCAUCAAGAACACGUCCAGCGCCAGUUGGAAUUGCUCCAUGAUGCUAAUCGUCAGCUGCAAGAUACCAACGAUUCUCUAAGAGCACACGUUGAUAUUGGAACUCUUCGACGAUCACCCGUUGGCUUUCUAUUCACUCGGCCGUCUUCCAGACAGGAUUCCAAUUCCAGUUAUUGCUUGCCACUGCCAACGGACGAAGAAGUCGCGGCCAUAACUGGAGAUAGCGGCCACAGUUCGCUGAUGUUCAGUGAACAAAAUGAGCACAUGCUGGAAAGAGUCGGCUCCUUCAGACGGAGUCACAGUUUCCGAGCGCCUCAACCGCCAUCUUUACGUAACGAGUUACACCUGGCGACAUCUUCUCCUGUUCCAUCUCAGAAAUUCGGUCAUUUUCAGCCGAUAAUUAGAGUGAAUAAUCAACUCACCAACGACCACAGCUUUCGUUCGUCAGACGAAUGGGAACCCACUGGCCCGGCUGACCGGACAUUUAAAAUCAUUUUCGCUGGAGAUUCCGCUGUGGGCAAAUCCAGUUUCAUUUCUCGGCUCCACGAAGGCGUUUUCAUCAGUAACACAAUGACGACGUUGGGCGUCGAUUACAAAGUGAAAACUAUUCGAGUAGAUGAACGUAACGUGGCUGUUCAACUAUGGGACACUGCAGGUCAGGAGCGAUUUCGAUCUAUAACGCAGUCUUACUAUCGUAAAGCGGACGGUGUCAUGUUAUUGUUUGACGUCAGCAACGAACGGAGUUUCAUUAAUAUUCGUCACUGGUCCGAUUGUCUGAACGAUUGUUUGACUCGUGACCAACGCAAUUUACCGCUAGUCGUUUGCGGUACUAAAGCGGAUUUACGUCCGUCCUCAGAACAUCAGGGCCUGUCAUGCGUUCAGCCCAUUCAAGCUCAACGAUUGGCUGCUCAAAUGAAGGCUCAGUAUAUUGAAACGAGUGCCAAGACGGGUAGCAAUGUGCUAGAAGCUCUAGUCAUCCUGACAAGGCAAAUGAUGAUCAUGCAAGAUGAUGAAGUACAAACGUCAGGUUUACGGUUAACAGACCGUCGUAGUAUAUUAAAUUGUUGCAGCCGUAAUUGAGAAUGAAAACGAGUUUUUUCUUUUGCAUGGGGAUCUCUCGUUUAUAAAUCUCGAAAUUUUUUUAGUCUUGGCGACAAACGUUGAAACACAAUCACACUGAUCAUAAAAUAAUGUCGUCACGUUUGAAAUGGAAAGCAAAGAACGGGAAACAGAAAGAGACACACAAACUUGACAAGCACAUUUUGAAAAAUUGAAAACAAAAAUUGUGGUUUUCACGAUGCACAUAUAACAAAAUCAAACAGAAAAUAAAUCAAGAAAUGUUGCAGUCGGUUUUAUGAAGUAAAAACAAUUGGAGUGAAUAUAUCUGGUUUCUUUGUG